AUGGAGAAACGCAAUCUCUCAGUGGUGCAUGAGUUCAUCCUGAUGGGCAUCACAUCGCCCCCUGAGCUGCAGGCUCCAUUAUUUGGGCUGUUCCUUAUCAUCUAUCUGGUCUCAGUGCUGGGCAACUUGGGCAUGAYCAUCCUCACCAAGGUGGACCACAGCUUGCAAACACCCAUGUACUUUUUCCUGAGGCACCUGGCUAUUACAGAUCUUGGAUAUUCUACAGCUGUGGGCCCCAAAAUGCUAGUAAAUUUUCUUGUGGAUCAAAAUACAAUCUCCUAUUACUUUUGUGCCACACAGCUAGCUUUCUUUCUUCUGUUUAUUGUUAGUGAACUAUUUAUUCUGUCUGCAAUGUCUUAUGAUCGYUAUGUGGCCAUCUGUAAUCCUCUCCUCUACACUGUCAUUAUGUCACAGAGGAUAUGUUAUAUACUGGUGGCAAUCCCAUAUCUCUACUGCACAUUUGUAUCKCUUCUAGUCACUAUAAAGAUUUUUAUUUUACCCUUCUGUGGCUACAAUGUCAUCAGUCAUUUCUUCUGUGACAGCCUCCCCUUGUUAUCUUUGCUCUGCUCAAACACCCAUGAAAUUGAAUUGAUAAUUUUAAUCUUAGCAGCUUUUGAUUUKAUUUCCUCUCUUCUGAUUGUCCUUGUGUCCUACCUGCUCAUCCUCCUAGCCAUUCUCAGGAUGAAGUCUGCUGAGGGCAGGCGCAAGGCUUUCUCCACCUGUGGAUCUCAUCUGACAGUGGUCAUAGUGUUCUAUGGGACUUUGAUAUUUAUGUAUGUCCAGCCUAAAUCCACUCACUCCUUUGACACUGAUAAAGUGGCUUCCAUAUUUUACACUCURGUUAUCCCCAUGUUGAAUCCUUUGAUCUACAGCUUGAGAAACAAAGAUGUAAAAUAUGCUCUACAGAGGACCUGGAAUAACUUGUGCAAUUUUUUUUCUUAA